CUGUUCCCCCUCACCCUACCCAGCCCUGUGCUUAGCUUGGCUCUUUCCUUCACCCUGCGUCGCUUUGCUUUUGCCCCACCGUCCCCAGACCCCCCUCUGCAAUGCUGCCGCACUGGCAGCUCCAAAUUCCCAAACGGCUGUGAAGCUUCAUGCUUGAUUUUCCAUUUUCUUCCUUUUUUUUUUUUUAAUCUUGGAGAAGUUCGCCCUGUGGAUUACAUGAUUCAGGAAGCCACUGAACGCCAAGUGGAAAUGGAAUAAUCUCAUAAAGGGGACAUUUUCUUUUAGUGGAUGCUGAUUGGAUUCAUAUUGAAGCUGUGAUUUUCCAUCCACUUCUGCAUGAGGAGGCUUUGGUACCAACUCGAAGGAUAAUACCUGAUAUUGUCUCCAUAUCACCAUGGCUGAAGCCACGGGGUCCAAUGGAGCGGCGCCUCCACAGACCAGCUCUCUCAGGUCCAAGGGUCUGGGCCUCCUCGGGAAGCUGAAAAUGUCUGCAGAGCUGCUGAUAGCUGUGGCUGCCCUCCUGUCCUGGGUGGUGGUGGGAGUGGUGAUGUUUGACUUUGUGGAGUACAAGGCUGUCCCCGACGUUCAGCAGAUCAUGACGGACCCCAUUCAAGCUGUAAACGAUGCUGUUGAUGAAGUAUCCAGUCUGCUCAAUAAGUUUCAAGAAUGUGCACCUGAUUUAAGUGACCCCAUGUCCGUUGCCACCUACGCUGCUGAGGAAAUAUCGGAAGCAAAAGAUGGAUUUGUUCGCUAUUUUUCGGAUGAGGAAGGGAACUUCUACUUCAGCUAUGUCGACCCUGUGGUCAUUGGGAGACGAGUUUUCCAUUCAACGAAUGAUUUCAUGGGUGGAAUCGUGGGCUCCUUCAGGGACACACUGUGUGCUGUUGUGGAUACUGUACUGGAUACUAUAUCGGAUAUAAAUACAGGAGAAACUGACCUCAGCUACAUUGACCCUGUGGUCAUAGGCAGAGGCGUCUUCCGUGUUACUAACGAGUUCGUGUGUGGAGUAGUGGGCUACAUCCAGGAUGUGCUCUGUGCCAUCCUGGACACUAUUCUGGAUGUAGUGAAAGGAUCCACAGAUAUUAGCUUCAUGGACCCUGUGGUAAUCGGCAGAGAUGUCUUCAGUGUUACUAAUGACACUGUCAGUGGAAUAGUGGGCUACAUCCAGGACGUACUCUGUGCCAUAUUAGACAAAAUACUGGAUAUUACAAAAGGAACCACUGACGUUAGCUUCAUUGACCCUGUGGUUAUUGGCAGAAAUGUCUUCCAUGUUACUAAUGACUUUGUGAGUGGAAUAGUGGGAUACGUCCAGAGCGUGCUCUGUGCAAUCAUUGAUGUAAUACUGGACACGGCACAAGAUAUCCAGCAUGCUGUGGGAUUCAGCCCCAUUUCAGCUCUGAAGAGAACAGCAGAAAUCACCACAGAACAAAUAAACAUGCUUGUGAGCUACUUCUCCACAAUGCUGAUCGGUGAAGAAGGGAUCAUGUCUGAAGUGUCCAUUGACCCAAUGAAAGUUGUCGAAGACGCCGUGUUGGAGUUUACAGACAAGAAAGAUUUGUUCUUGGCUUACAUGUCGAGCAUGCUUGUUGGCGAUCAAGGUGAACCUGUUGCCACGCCAGUUGUAAAUGUAGUGACUGAAAAAGAUGAAGCUGUAGCAUCCCUGACUGAUAUGAAAUUGGUACAAAGGAAAGGUGAAUUUCUGCCACCUUUUGAAAAAGUUCUCAAAGAGGCAAAGGAAAGGCACGCAAUAAAAGAAGUUAAAGAUGCCAUUAUUAAAGACCUCAAAGCUGUAGAAACUGAAAGAGAGAAGGAAGCCAAACUUGAGGAAACUGUAGAGAUAAAACUAAAAGAAGAAAAGCCAAGGGAGGAAGCCAAACCUCUUGAAAAGAAGCCAAAGCCCAAAGAAGAAGCAAAGCCUUCUAAAGACAAAAAAGAGGUAAAGAAGCCAUCCAAGGAUGAGGCAGAAGUAAAGAAGCCUUCUAAGGAGAAGAAAGAAAUAGCAAAACUAAAAGAGAAGAGGCAAGAGGCAAAACCCCCUAAAGAAAAAAGGGAAGUGAAGAAACCACCUAAAGAACAGAAAGAAGUAAAGAAACCUCCCAAAGAAGAGAAAGAAAUCAAGAAACCACCUAAAGAAGAAAAAGAAGAAAAGAAAGUAAAGAAGCCUCUCAAAGAAGAGACAGAAGUGAAGAAACCUCCCAAAAAAGAAACAGAAAUCAAGCGACCUCCUAAAGAAGAAAAAGAAGCCAGGAGGCCACCUAAAGAAGAAAAAGAAGUCAAGAAACCACCAAAAGAAGAGAAAGAAGUCAGGAGACCACACAGAGAAGACAGAGAAGUCAAGAAACUUCACAAAGAAGAUGAAGAAGUCAAGAAACUGUCUAAAGAAAAGAAAGAAGUCAAGAAACCUCUCAAAGAAGAUGAAGAAGCCAAGAAACCAUCUAAAGAAGAGGCAGAAGUAAAGAAACCACCUAAAGAGGAGAAAGAAGUCAAGAAACCACCCAAAGAAGAGAAAGAUGUCAAGAGACCAUCUAGAGAGGAGAAAGAAGUCAAGAAACCAUCUAAAGAAGAGACAGAAGUAAAGAAACCAACCAAAGAAGAGGCAGGAGUAAAGAAACCACAGAAAGAAGAGAAGGAUACAGAAGGCAAGAAACCACCUAAAGAAGAGAAAGAAGUGAAGAAACCGUCCAAAGAAGAGGACAAAAUCAAGAAACCUACUAAAAAAGAGAAAGAAGUCAAGAAACCACGUAAAGAAGAGAAAGAAGUCAAGAAGCCACCAACAGAAGAAAAAGAAGUGAAGAAACCACCUAAAGAAGAAAAAGAAGUCAAGAAACCAUCCAAAGAAGAGACAGAAGUCAAGAAACCACCUAAAGAAGAGAAAGAAGUGAAGAAACCGUCCAAAGAAGAGGACAAAAUCAAGAAACCUACUAAAGAAGAGAAAGUAGUCAAGAAACCACGUAAAGAAGAGAAAGAAGUCAAGAAACCUCCUAAAGAAGAGAAAGAAUUAAAGAAACCUCCUAAAGAAGAGAAAGAAUUAAAGAAACCACCUAAACUAGAGACAAAAGUCAAGAAACCAUCCAAAGAAGAGAAGGAAACCAAGAAACCACCUAAAGAAGAGAAAGAAGUCAAGAAACCUCCAAAAGAAGAAAAGGAAGUCAAGAAGCCACCUACAGAAGAGAAAGAAGUGAAGAAACCACCUAAAGAAGAGAAAGAAGUAAAGAAACCAUCCAAAGAAGAGGCAGAAGUCAAGAAGCCACUUAAAGAAGAGAGAGAAGUCAAGAAACCUCCUAAAGAAGAAAAAGAAGUCAAGAAACCACCUAAAGAAGAGAUAGAAGCAAAGAAACAUCCCAAAGAAGAGAAAGAUGUGAAGAAGCACCCUAGAGAAGAGAAAGAAGUGACUAAACCACCUAAAGAAGAGAAAGAAGUUAAGAAACCACCUAAAGAAGAGAAGGAAGUCAAGAAACAAUCAAAGGAAGAGGAAGAAAUCAAGAAACCUCCUAAAGAAGAAAAAGAGGUCAAGAUGCCACAUAAAGAACAGGCAGAAAGAGAGAGGUGA